UGUGUGUGUGCGUGUGUGUGGGUGUGGGUGUGUGUGUGUGUAUGCAGAAGAGAAGAUAAGAGUCUUACCUGUGAUCAAAGUCCCAUUCGGAGUUUAAAGCUCUCUGCUUCAGAAACACACAGCUGCGUGGACUCAGUCCCUACCCCUACUUCUCUCUGUGUCCCUGAGACUGCUGCUGUUACUGGAGCAUCAUGAGUGUGGCAACCAAAGAACCCCGCCAGCCCUGCUGCUCGCAGCUCAAGCUUUUCCUGAUGGCCUUGUCGUUCGUCUACUUUGGCAAAGCCUUCGGGGGUGCCUAUAUGAAGAGCUCGGUCACUCAGAUCGAGAGACGCUUCGACAUACCCAGCUCUAUUGUCGGGGUCAUUGAUGGCGGCUUUGAAGUCGGCAACCUGCUGGUCAUCACCUUUGUGAGUUACUUUGGGGCGAAGAUGCACCGGCCGCGGCUCAUUGGAAUAGGCUGCCUCAUCAUGGCCGCCGGAGCUUUCUGUACCGCCCUGCCACACUUCCUCCAGGGACCGUAUAAAUAUGAGACCACCAUCUCCCAUUCUACAGAGGGAAACUCCACCCAGAGCAUGCUGCAGUGUCUCAGCAGUGCAGAACAGGCUCAGGAGGAUGAGCCACCCACAGCACAGAACCAAGCAGAGUGUGAGAAAGCGGCUGGCUCGUCCAUGUGGAUCUACGUGUUUCUGGGGAACAUGCUGCGGGGCAUCGGAGAGACACCAGUCAUGCCCCUGGGGGUGUCCUACCUGGAUGACUUUGCCCGUGAGGAGAACACGGCCUUCUACUUGGCCUGUAUACAGACAGUUGGAAUCAUGGGCCCAGUGUUUGGCUACCUUCUGGGGUCUUACUGUGCAAAGAUCUAUGUGGAUAUCGGUGUUGUAGACUUAGACUCGGUGACCAUCAACCAUAAGGACUCGCGCUGGGUGGGGGCCUGGUGGAUGGGCUUCGUCAUCACUGGCGCCGUCAUGCUCCUCGCCGGCAUCCCCUUCUGGUUCCUGCCCAAAUCCCUGCCGAAGCAGACGAAGAAGCAGAAAAAGACGGCUGACGGGGCAGCCGAGGACCAGGGCACCUUCCUGCCCCACGAGGGCAACAAGGAGGUGGCCACUGCUGAGAAAGAACCACCCAUUAACAUGGCAGCACUGGUUAAAGACUUUCUGCCCUCACUGCGCAGGCUGUUCAGCAACUCUGUGUACAACCUCAUCAUCUGCACCUCGCUCGUGGCGGUUAACGGCUUCAUCGGCAUGAUCACCUUCAAGCCCAAGUUCAUGGAGCAGACCUACGGACAGUCCCCCUCAAAGGCCAUCUUCCUCAUAGGCGUGUUUAACCUACCUGCAGUGGCUCUGGGCAUCAUCACCGGUGGCUUCGUGAUGAAGCGGUUCAAACUGACCGUGAUCGGAGCGGCACGUAUCGCCCUCAGCGCCUCAUUCAUCUCUUUCUGCCUGAUGGUGUCACAGUACUUCCUGCAGUGUGACAAUGCCCAGGUCGCCGGGCUCACCGUCAGCUACCAGGGUGUUCCUGAGUUGUCGUAUCAGCAGAGUAACCUGCUGUCUCAGUGUAAUAGCGGCUGCUCUUGCUCCAUUAAGCACUGGGACCCAGUGUGCGCUCACAACGGCAUCACCUACGCCAGCCCAUGCCUGGCAGGGUGCCAGACUUCAACCGGAGUCGGCAAAGAGAUGAUCUUCCACAACUGCACGUGUGUGGAGGAGUUGGUGAUGCCCCCAGCCAACUUGUCUGCCACCCUGGGACAGUGCUCACGCAAGGGCGACUGCGACAGAAUGUUCAUGUGGUACAUGGGCGUGUCUGUGGUGGGGGCGUUCGUGUCGGCCUGCGGGGCUACACCUGGUUACAUUGUUCUGCUUAGAUCCAUAGCUCCUGAUCUAAAGGCUCUGGCCUUGGGAAUGCAGACGCUGAUAGUCCGGACUCUGGGUGGGAUCCCUCCGCCCAUCUACUUCGGGGCGCUGAUAGACCAGACGUGUCUGAAGUGGGGGAGCAAACGGUGUGGGGGUCAGGGGGCGUGCCGACUCUACGACACAUUCGCCUUCAGAGCACGUUUCCUGGGCAUGAUCUACGGGCUUUAUGCACUGUCCUACCUGCUGUGGGGUGUGCUGUACCGCACUCUGGUCAAGCGGCAGAGGAAGCUGGCUCUGAAGACCCAGGCCAAGGGGCAGGGGGCCAACGGUUGCCGUGACGAGGGCAAGAGCAAAGAGGAGCUGGAGAGGGAGACCACCAUCUGAAGGGGCCUAGGGGAAGGACAGUUUUUAUGUUGUCAAAAACCAAACUGUUGACAAGUGUGACAUGGUUCUUUAUUUCUUUCCAAAUUUGUCCCGGGAAAUUUAAAGGAACUAAAACUAAACUGAAAAAGAAUGUGAAUCUGGCAGAGAUAUCCAUAGAAUGAAGAGCAAUGACUUUUGACAACAAAAACUGCAAAUUGCAUCCAUUUGGUCUGGCCAGGCCAAUCAUCAUUACAAGUAUUCAAAAUAGGUCUAUUCACAGCCAUAACUGGCCAAUCCUCACUGCCGGUUAAUUUCCAUGGUUACAUAUCUGCUGCAAUUUCACUUAUUAACAUUUCUUACAACUCUUACAGUACAUAUCAGAGGCGAAGCGUGAUAGUUGAUAUACGUGAAAAUGUUUGAUGGUGUUUUUUAUUCUCUGAAUGAAUGUUGCUUAAAGUGUUUUGCUGUCUUUUAUGAGUUGAAAAUGUCAUGUUUCUGAUUACAUUUGUAAAUGACUGCUCACUGCUGUUUCAUAGAACUCAGAAAUUAACUGGAAAUGUAGUAUAACUUUUGUAAUACUGGUGUAUAGUAUAAUUCUUCAAUGAAAUGAUUGUAUUAAUAAUAUGUUUUUCCAUCGUUCAUAGCAUUGGUAACAUAGUUUUUACUUGUUAGUUUUUUUCUUUGUGAUUGAGCUCAAAUGCUUGUGUUGACUGAAGGUGUAAAGUGUAGUGUUAUAAAAUCACCACAGGGUGGUGCUGUUCACAAACACAUAGCAGCUAAUACCGCUAAUGUGGGUGUUGUUCAAAACUAUGGAAAAGCACUUUGUAUGCAUUCAAACAUCCUGAAUGAUAGAGAGAAAUAUGACAUGAAUAAAUUAAAAUAACCAACAAA